CUUCUAGGUAGGAAGGUCGUGGAGGGGGUUGCAAGACGGUUGGAUAUAAAACCAGACCGUGAUCACCUAACAACAUCACAGUACCAAGUUGGUCCUCUGAAACUACUUUACAAUGGCUUUCAAGUUUGUAGCUUUGUUUGCUUUGGUGGCGGUGGCGAAUGGUGGAUUCAUCCCAGCGAGUCCAGUGGCAUACGCAGCUGCACCAGCAGUGUUGGCGAAGGCAGUAGAUCUUGAGCACGACCCUCAUCCCCAAUACUCAUUCAGCUACGAUGUCCAAGACUCAUUGACUGGUGACUUCAAGAACCAACAUGAAACCCGUGAUGGAGAUGUUGUUCAAGGAAGCUACUCUUUGGUUGAUCCCGAUGGUACCCGCCGUACAGUUGACUACACUGCUGAUGAUAUUAAUGGAUUCAACGCUGUAGUGCGCAAAGAACCAGCAACAGUUGCCGUGAAAGCCGUAGCACCAGUGGCAGUUGCCAAAGUUGCUGCUCCCGUAGCAUACGCUGCACCAUCAGUACAUGUUGCCAAAUUCGCAGCUCCACUUGUCCAUGCACCAGUGGCCUACGCUGCACCAGCUCACUACACCUACGCUGCACCCGCCGUCGCCAAGGUUGCUGCACCCCUUACCUACGCCACCCAUGCUACCUAUGCUGCACCAGCUCACUACACCUAUGCUCAAGCUCUAUAUCAUUUCAAUGGGUUAUGGCUUCGGAUCGUUCGUAUAAAUACUCGGAGACAUCCUGACCAAAGCAGUAUCAGACACAUCGUCAGACACAUUACAACUUACAAAAUGGCAUUCAAGUUCAUCACCCUUUUGGCUUUAGUAUCAGCAGCCAACGCUGGUUUUAUCGCAACAGAAUAUCACGCACCAAUUGCACAUGCACCUCUGGCCUAUGCAGCUCCAGUUGCUAAAGUUGCUGCACCAGUGUUGGCAAAAGCAGAAAAUCUUGAACACGAUCCUCACCCUCAAUACAGUUUUAACUAUAAUGUUGAAGACUCAAUAACUGGAGACUCAAAAAGCCAACAUGAAACUCGUGAUGGAGAUCUUGUUCAAGGAAGCUACUCUCUUCUUGAAUCUGAUGGAACUCGCCGUAUCGUAGACUACACCGCUGACCCAGUCAACGGAUUCAACGCCGUAGUCCACAAAGAACCUGCAACCAAAGUCGCUCUUGCUGCAGCUCCAGUUGCUAAAGUUGCUGCCCCAGCAUACGCCCCAGCAUACACUCUUCAAGCAGCUCCAGUUGCCAAAUUAGCUACUCCAAUCCAUGCUACCUAUGCUGCACCCAUUGCCAAAUACGCUGCUCCAAUCGCCCACACUUAUGCUGCUCCAGCAUUGACUUAUGGACCACCAGCUGUUGCUAAAUUAGCUGCUCCAGCCUACGCUCUUCCAGCUGCUAAAUUGGCCACUCCAGUUGCUGCUUAUGCUGCACCUGCUGCUCCAGCUAUUGCCAAGCUUGCCCCUCAUCCUUACAUCGCUCAUGUUGCCUACUCGACACCUCUCUUCUCCUACUCUCACUAAACUCCAAUUAGAUCCUUCUUACUUAAAUUCACCCCUCUGUCUUCAACUAUUGUAGAAUAAUUUUUUGUUAAUGUGUGUUUUGAUACUGAAAAUAAAAUAUUCUUAAGAUUAAAA